CCAGCUCUAUGCAGGUUCGAUCAUGACGAAAACACAUUCUGGAUCGAUAGGGUUAUUAUGGUGCUGGAGCUGCUCCACCGCCCUUUUUCGCCUCCUCUGUUGCUUCACCAGCACCGCACCCAUAUAUGUGGGGAGCCCAGGUGGAGUUUAUGCUCAUCCGGGUAUGGUCACGACUCCUACUUCAGUACCACCAACAAAUCCAGAGUCGGAAGGGAAGGGCGCAGAUGGGAAAGAGCGAGCUUCAGCCAAAAAAAACCCAAGGGAGCUGCAGGAAGUACAGUUAAGGCUGGGGAGAGUGGAAAAGCAACUUCUGGUUCUGGAAAUGAUGGAGCUUCACAAAGUGCUGAAAGUGGCAGCGAGGGUUCAUCAGAUGGAAGCGAGGAGAAUGGUAACCACCAGGUUUGGAGGGAGAAGAACGUUAUAAAGCCAACACCAGGAAAGAGACAUUGUAACUGUAGAAAUGAGGUCUAUCACAGGCAAAUCGGUCUGGGAAUGUUCCAACAGAUGACGGAACAGGUUUGCGAACAAUGUAACAAUGUUAAAUAUGAAAGGGAGGGAUAUUUCAUCACUGUUGAUAUUGAGAAAGGGAUGCAAGAUGGACAAGAGGUGGUUUUCUAUGAGGAUGGUGAACCCAUAAUUGAUGGAGAACCUGGAGAUUUAAAAGUCAGUGCUUUGACCUUACCACCUUGGUUUAUAUAACGCCAUAUUGAAGCAUCUCAGAUACCAUUUUUUAUGCGUAGAGGUUUUUAUUGCACGCAUAUUGAUGAUACAAUGCCAAAUACAUUCACUCUCUCAUGAACUCCAACAUCAUUUAAGUGUUUAAUGGUAGUAGUGAGAUUGCCUCUUUGAUAGCAAAAUGUGGGAUUUUAGACAGCUUAACUUAUCAUUAUGCUUUAUUGUAUAACCAUCCACAUCCAAGUCGUGUGGGGUUUCAAAGUUCUUGCAAAUUCAGAGAUGUAACUCCUCCCAAUCUCCAAUUAAUGAGAGCUCAAAGCCCUUAAGAACCAUCACUUCAUCAAGUUUGCGAGAUGGUUCCACUAAAUUCUUCGAUUUUACUGUUAUUGGUGGUGGAGUUGCUGGCCUCCGCUAUGCCUUGGAAGUGGCAAAACAUGGAUCUGUUGCUGUCAUUACCAAGGCUGAGCCUCAUGAAAGUAAUACAAAUUAUGCUCAAGGUGGUGUUGGUGCUGUACUGUGCCCUUCGGAUUAUGUGGAGAGUCAUGUCCAGGACACCAUUGUAGCAGGAGCUUAUCUAUGUGAUGAGGAGACUGUCAGAGUAUGUUAUAGAACCAAUUGUAAACAGGAUUGGUGGAUCUGGUAUGGAUCUCAGAAGCAAAGCAAGGGUAAAUAACAUUUCUGCAGUUUAUCUUGGUUACUUUAUUGUGGUUUGAUUAAUUGAUUGAGUGAAUAAUAUUUUUUUUUGGGUGUGUGAAGACUCUGCCAGGACCUGUUAGGAGAGGCAACAAUAUCUUGGUGGGUUAAAUUUAUCCCCUGUUCUUAAUAGAAUAACUGGACAAGAAUCCAGAAAUAGUAAGAAAGUAAUAGCUUGUGGUGGGUUAAAUUUAUCCCCUGUUCAAAAUAUAAGAUCUACUUCUACUAUAUUGAGGCCGAGUAGCUAUCUGAUUAUCUCUUGUGUUAAUUGAUAUAUGAUUAGCUAUAUGAUUGUGUUAAUUGAUAUAUGAUUAGCUAUAUGAUUGUCUGGGUUUACUACUUUACUAUAUGAGUGUCUCGUGUUAAUUGAUAUGCCAUCAUUAUAAUAAUAGUUAUGUUAAUUGAGUGUUAAUUGAUAUGCCAUCAUUAUAAUAGUUGUGUUAAUUGAGUGAUUGUCUCUUGUGUAUGAGUCAAGUACUCAUUUUGAGCUGCAGGGGAGAGAGAUCAAAAUAGGAGAUUUUUUUCUUCUUUUGGUAAGCUGCACAUUAGGAAUUUGAGCUUUUCGAUACAUGCAUAAUGUAUAAUGUAUA